AUGGCCGCCAACAACAGCGAUAAUCUCAAGCCCAAGCCUGCCACUUCACACAUCAACACGGGCUACUACUAUGGUAGCGAUAGUAACAACUCCGAGGCUGCGAAGAACGACCAGGCAGACGAAGAAAGCGACAGUGACGGUGACGGCGACGAGCACGUCCGAGAUCUAAGCGUUGGCAGCCACAACCCCGGAUCAUGGCUGGCGUAUAACAACGAAGGCAGAAAGCUCAAGGUCGAGCUGUCCAUGCAUCUCAAGAACAAGGACAGGAAAGAGGCAGCACGCGUCCAAAAAGAAAUCGAUGAUCACCUUCGGCGUGGUGAGGUAGACAUUAGCCAGCUUGAUCCUGACACUAUAGCAUGCCUAGAGGCAAUUGACGGUCCGGAACCUCGACGCGCUCCUCGUGGCGCUGCUCAUCCCAGGCUCUUGUACUUACGCCAUAUUUUACCACUAUCCCUCAACCUCAACCGCAUGAACCCUCCACAUAUCGCCGAUAACGGAAUACUAGAAGCAGGCAGUACACUCGCCCUGAGAGGUCUCAACCGGGCCCUCUACUGCAAAGCAUCACCAGUCAAUCUGGACUACAAGACACUACUCAAUUUUGAGAUGACUCUGCUUGAGAUGGCCACUUAUAUUCCGUUGUCAUUCUUGUGGCUAGGUGGCUUCCUCUCGCGCGUCAAAGCAGCCAAAGGGGGAUGCACGGUUGUUGCACAAAUGAUGCUCUGGGCGAGGGCCCUUGACAAUGGUACCGAGUUAACAAACAAGCUCGGAAAUCUUCGCAGUACAAUGCAACACAAACUGAAGAAUUAUGGAACGUCCAACAGCGCCGACAAGACUGCCUCCUCUUGGGCCCCUACAAAUAUGGUGACCACCAGAGCCAUGUCAAACUUGACUGCGGACACAUCCCUCUUGCGACUUCGGCACGGGGUAACUCGCCCUCCUCAAGGUCAGCAUCGUGGUCGUCUCACCAUCGCCAUCGAACAUGCACAUACCUGUGGCCAUUGGAGUGUCAUGCUAAGCGAGGUCGAACGGUAUAUUGAACACUUCAAGCUGAAAGUACCUAAGAGACUCACUGCGGACGCCGACAAGCUGGCUAUCAAGGAUUUCGAGAGCAUCUAUGAGGCGACAUCUCACUAA